GUGCGUCAUGACGUAAUAAACUCUGGCCCGGAUAUGAAACGUAACACAACAGCGGCUAUUUACAGUUGCUGCGGCGUUCUGGUAACGGCUGAAGAUGCCUCUGCCUGUGCAAGUAUUCAACUUCCAAGGGGCAGUUGAGCCCAUGCAGAUUGAUGCUGACCCACAAGAAGACCAGCAGAAUUCCCCAGAUGUCAGCUAUGUAGUGGAGAACCCAACACUGGACCUGGAGCAGUAUGCAUCCAGCUACAGUGGUCUGAUGCGUAUUGAGAGGCUCCAGUUCAUUGCAGAGCACUGCCCACAGCUCAGGGCUGAGGCUUUGAAGAUGGCAUUAUCGUUUGUUCAGAGGACUUUCAACGUCGACAUGUAUGAGGAGAUUCACUGCAAACUUACAGAAGCCACACGAGAGGUACAAGGGGCUCCAGAUGCAGUGGCAGAGGCAGGUGCUGCAGAUCCCCCUCCCCUGGAUAAAGCCUGGGCAGAGUCGACCAGGAAAAAGGCCCUGCUCAAAUUGGAGAAACUCGACACAGACCUCAAAAACUACAAAGGCAACUCCAUCAAAGAGAGUAUUAGACGUGGCCAUGAUGACCUGGGGGACCAUUACCUCGACUGUGGUGACCUGAGCAACGCCCUGAAGUGCUACUCACGUGCCAGAGACUACUGCACUAGCGCCAAGCAUGUCAUCAACAUGUGUCUUAAUGUUAUCAAGGUUAGUGUCUACCUCCAGAACUGGUCCCACGUCCUUAGUUAUGUCAGCAAAGCAGAAUCCACUCCAGAAAUAGCAGAGCAACGAGGAGAGAGAGAUUGUCAGAGUCAAGCAGUCCUUACCAAAUUAAAAUGUGCUGCAGGUUUAGCAGAGCUGGCUUCUAGAAAAUACAAACAAGCUGCUAAGUGCUUCCUGCUGGCCUCCUUUGACCACUGUGACUUCCCAGAGCUCUUGUCUCCCAGUAAUGUAGCUGUGUACGGGGGCAUGUGUGCCCUUGCCACCUUCGAUAGACAGGAGCUACAAAGGAACGUCAUCUCCAGCAGCUCCUUUAAGUUGUUCUUAGAACUGGAACCUCAGGUCCGUGACAUCAUCUUUAAGUUCUACGAGUCAAAGUACGCUUCAUGCCUCAAAAUGCUGGAUGAAAUCAAGGAUAACCUGUUAUUAGACAUGUACCUGGCUCCUCACGUACGGACCCUCUACACUCAGAUCAGAAACAGAGCCCUCAUACAGUACUUCAGCCCAUACGUGUCUGCAGACAUGACUAAGAUGGCUCAAGCCUUCAACACCACUGUUGCAGCCCUGGAGGACGAGCUCACACAGCUCAUACUUGAAGGACUCAUCAAUGCACGUAUCGACUCACACAGCAAGAUCCUGUAUGCACGUGACGUGGACCAGAGGAGUACCACAUUUGAAAAGUCCCUCCAUAUGGGCAAGGAGUUCCAGAGACGGGCCAAAGCCAUGAUCCUCCGUGCUGCCGUACUGCGCAACCAGAUUCAUGUCAAGUCUCCCCCCAGGGAGGGCAGUCAAGGGGAUCUCAACUCUGCCAAUAGCCAAUCACGAAUGAGCACCAACAUGUGAACACUCAUCCAGGAAGUGACCACGUCAGCUUAUCUCAAACACUUAAAAAGGAGACGAGACGAUUCUCAUUAUCACCAACAACUGCCCCACUUGUUGAGGGUCCACUCUUCCUCCUCCUUUUCUGAAAUAUGUUUUUUCUUCCCCACAGAAAAAAAAAGAAGGUGUCACCACUGUUAGGAGAGAUGUAGUGAAAUCAGUAGCAGUGCUGUCUGUAAAAAAAAGCACUUGAUUCACUGAUCUGAGUGUGUUUUGCUGUAGAGGGGCAUGCAUGUUCUUGUGUGCGCGGAGCUCGCUUGUGUGUGUGAAGCACUUGGGCCCUUCAAAGUGCUUUUCUUUUUCAAAAGAUGCACUGUUAUUUCUCCUCUCUCUCUCUUUCUCUCUCUCGUCUCACCCCCCUUAUCACGCUCUCCUCUACAUGGCACACUUUGAAUGCCCCUGAUGCAGUGGAGAACUGCCACUUUUCAGACACAAUGUCCAAAGGAUCUGAUUUCAAAAUAAAAGCUGUAUAUGAAAACCUGAAGCUGGCCUGGUCAGGACUCUCUGUCAUCCCAUUCUUACUUGUAGGCUUUUCUUGUUAGCCGCUCGGUCAGCUCUUCUCCCACUGAAAUCUACUAUCUGGUCAGAGAAGUGAAUAAUGCUGGCACACUUCUAUUAUUAUUAUCCAGGGAAAGCCAAUUCAUUUAAAGGGCCACAAUGCCCACAGCCUUUUGAAUAAAACUAGUUGACUGUAAGCAAAAUGGAGAUCAGUACAAAGGAAAGCACUCUGAUUUUUUUUUUUCAUGUUAUUGAGUUAUUAAUGUAUAUCCACAAUGUGCCAUAAUUGGAAAAAGUCAAGUUUAAUUUUUGGGGGUUGCUGACCUCUCCUGUCCUCGUCAUGCUAACUUGGGUUGACUUCUGGGGAGAAUGUGAAUAAGAAUGCUUAAACAACUCAAUGAGGGAUUUUAUGGAAGAUAAUAUUCAUCACAGGAAAUCAAUAUUUGUCAUUUCUCUUUUCUCAUAUUCUGUCAUCGCCAUUGUCGAACAUGCAAAGGAUUAGUGCAUUGUAAUGCAAUAUAUUGAUGAUGAAUAUAAAACUAGUUGUCUUGCAAGGAUUAAACAUUUGUAAAAGUCAGAAGUACUGUCAUGCUUAAAAAGACGGAUAAGAACGGCAGUAAUGGGGGAAAAAAAGGCUUGCCACCGUCUCCCAUGAUUUGGUCUCGUCAGACUGGCUGGUGUGUGUGACGUCCCAUUCAACAGACUGUUUCUCAUUGGUACUGGCGUAGACACUCGCCUGUAGAACAUGUACAGCUAUCGGCUUCAUGAUUUCUGUUCUCUCAAGGAAGGAAAUGCACUGAUUUCUCUGGAAUGUUUUUUUUUUUUCCUAGCAACACCAAAUAGAAGGGCACAUCUUGCCAUCUUUAAACAUCCACAGAGGCUUUUCUUCAAAGGGGCUAAUGUUCAGGCGCGUGUCUGGCGCUUGAUCGUCCCAGAGGAAAGGUCACGUAGGUCCAGCCGUGACUACAUUCAUAGUGCAUCUUUGAUGAUCCAGCUUCCCUUCGGUGGUGUUAAAAUUGUGAUUGAUUCAUAAUGAAGAAAUGUCCGUACUAAAAGCUGACUGUAUAGGAUUUACGAUUCUCCUUCAGAAUUGAUGCUCAGCUGACCUAGGUGCUGUAUGUAUGCCGCUAAAAUGUAUAGGAUAUCUUGUUUAUUUUCGUCUGCUAAAUCUCCUGUGAAUAUUUUUUUUUUCUAUUCAACAAAUUCCAAGGCAAUCAGCCCAAGAUAGCAACAUGUCUCUACUUAAUGCAGGGUUUCACAAGUUGCAUGUCUUUUUUGUUUUUUUCCGGGGGGGGUUGGGUUUUUUUGUUUGUUUUUUUUUCAAGGCGACUGAAUACAGAUUUGGACAGAAAGGGGUAAAAACAGUUUUUCUCCUCAAUGUCUCGGCGUUCAUUCUGUUGGCAAGCCUACAGCCCUUGCUGCAAUACACUGGAAUGCUUUUAGUCAACUUCCAUCACCAAUCAUUUAUUAAUUUUAAACAACCUUCCCUCAAAUGGGGGGAAGAAGAGACGACAUGAGACAUGUUGGGUGAACACCCCUCCCAAGUUUUCUUCUCCGAUUCAUCCAACUUGGAGGGCUGUUAGUCCAACAUGUCUCACGUUGGAUGAAUACCCCUCCAAGUUGGAUGGAGUAUUCGUCCCACAUAUCUCAUGUUGGAUGAAUACCCCUGAAUCGGAGAAGAAAACUUUAGGGAUAUGUUUAUUUCACUGAUCGUAUUAAAUGGGUCUGUUUUAAAUUACCUUGAUAAUAAAGCAUUA